CUGAAAAAAACUCCCUUACGUUCACCUCCCACAGUCAUAAAAACCAGCGACUCGUGAAGACAUAGUGCAAGGUGCAGUGUUGGUAGUUACGAGACAGGCCCAAGGUGCAAGUUGGCCUGUGUUUGGGUGGCCGUCAAGUAAACAAACAGGAUGGGGAACUGUUGGUCGAUAGGAAUAUUCUUAAUAGUGUUUCUAGGCACAUUUUGCUUCUGGAACUGCAUGACCCGUGACGAGCCAGCAGACACCUCGGGCUGGUAUGGUUGCAGGGACCAGAAGGGCGAUCCCGUAGAUUCGUUUGUGGUGUACAAGCUGCCCCAUGACAGACAUGCACAGUUUCCACCACUGAAGGAGGGAACAGCCUACAUGUACCUCACACCAGAGACAGCCUCCAGGCUGCAGAGUGGAGGUGUGUCGAGUGUGUUCAGUGAGUACCGUGACCUGGCUAGUGGGUGGGUGCUCAGCAAGGUCAGCAUCAGCAACGAGUCUUCCAUGGUUGCUCGCACCCUCAGCAGACUGUAUUCUGAUCCUGAACUCAACAAGAAAGCAGCGUACAUCCUCUACAAUGAUGAGUUCCCCAAUGGCACCAAGUCCAUGACCCAGGGUCACACAAAGGGCGUGGUGGUGAUGACUCUCAAUGGAGGCUUCUGGCUCAUCCACUCAGUGCCCAUGUUUCCGCCGCCACCUGAGAAUGGGUACUCCUACCCUCACUCGGGUCAUCGCUAUGGCCAGACCAUGCUGUGUAUCAGUCUUCUCCCUGACCAGUCACACAGUCUUGGGUGGCAGCUGAUCCAGAACAACCCCUUCAUGUAUUCUGCCAACAUGCCCGCCUCACUGGCUGCCAAGUUCCCCAUGCUGACCAGGGUGAUGGAGGGAGAGCGACCCUCAGCCCCACCGUGGUACAGCAUCACCCCCAUCACCUCACAGGGUGGCAAGACCUUCACCUCCUUUGCUAAGUACAGGAAAUACAACCAAGACCUGUACAGUGGCCUUGUGGCACCAGAACUCAAGACAGAUAUCAUGGUGGAGAGCUGGCGCAAUGGACCUCGCCCUCUCCCCUCCUCCUGCAACAAUACCUACAGAGUGGAGAACAUUGAGGAAGUGACUGCCAGGGCUCCCUCCACCAAUUUCUCCACUCACCGUGACCACAGCAAGUGGGUGGUGGCUGCCCGGCCUGAGAAACCAUUUGUGUGUAUUGGAGACAUCAACAGGAUGGAGACGCAGUUUGAGCGAGCCGGUGGAACAGUGUGCAUGUCAAGCCUCAGCAUCUGGUACAGGUUCCAUAAGCUGGUGCAGACAGAGGAGGCUUGCCCACACACCAAGUGAAGGACCCACCACCCUGCCUGCUCUGUGCUGGAACCUGUGGGGGAAAGGCUUUAGUAUUACUUGGGUUUUAGAGGGAGUUUAGGCUCUACAAGUGGGUAUUGGUAUCAGACAUGUCUCUCAGUAACAUGACAGCCUGGUUCUUGUUGUGCUGUGUUGUUUUGUGGUUGGGAAUGUGAUGCUAAGUCUGGUGUUUAGGAUAAUCAGAGAAAAUAUUUUGCUACGUUUUCAUAGGUAUGGUAGAAAAGUGUUCCAUGAAGCCAGAUAGAUGGAGUGGAUGGAUACAAGAUUAUUAUAGGAUCAGGGGCGUGAUUUUGUUUGACAGUGAAUACGUUUAUAUAAUUCAGGUUGAUGAUGAGAGAAUGACGUCAGAGAUGUUUUACUGAUGUAGCUGGUCUUGUGUUGUAUAGGUUUUGUGUGUACAGUAACUAUUCAAACUAUAACGCUUACUUUGCCUCUGUGGAAGGUUCAGUAAUAAGGUUCGUGUUAUGACGAAGGAAAGAUGCGUGACAGAAUUUAUACUUGAACCUUUUAUGUCUGUGUGUGUGUGUGUGUGUGUGUGUGUGUGUGUGUGUGUGUGUGUGUGUGUGUGUGUGUGUGUGUAUCUUUGCAUGUUAUUUUCACCAGUCUUAAGGAUCACGUGCUGGACUCGUGAUCCCUGCUGUACCCUCCCAGUGAGAACUUUAGGUGUGUGUCUGUCAGAUUAAUUCAGGGUGCAGAUGAAGGGAGGUGCCUGCCUGAUGAUGGUCACCUUAAUAUCACUUCAUUAAUUAUCUGGAUUUGAUCUCAGUUUGCACAAGUUACACAUAUAUUGAUUAAGUCUUAGUCUUCCCAUAUCUCUCUCAUCACUGUAUUUUUUAUAUAUUUCAAGGUCGAAGAAUUGUAGUGAAUUAUUUAAAAGUUGGAUGAAGAGGCUGGUGUUGUGCAUCCCCAAGUGAAUAGGUUGCCAUUUGGUGAUUUGGAAAUGUGCAAGGAACAGCAACAGUAGUGUGUGGCUGUUGCUGUGUGAGGUGUGCAGCUGAUGGGAUGGGGGAGGUGGUGGCACUAAUGUGCAUAGGAGGGUUGCCAUACCUAGAUGUGCAUUAGGUAGAAAGCAUAAGAUGCAGAAUUCAGGUUUAUGUAUAUUUGUGUAUGACAGUUUUUGGUUUGCAUAAACAGAUCACUUGAAGAUCAGUCACUACAGCUACAUUUGGAUUAGGUUGGAUGAGAAUAGGUAAGGUUAAAUCAGAUGAAAUAACCUCACUUAAUCUGACAUAUCUAAUCCUUCCACAGAUGUUCACAUAUUUGUAUAAACUAGAAAAUAUUUAUAAUUUGAAAUAAUGCACUGUUCAUUGUGAGAUAUCAUUUUAACCUUGAUGAAUUUAAGUGACUGGCUAGGAAGCGGCAACCUCUACCUUAGAGAAGGAGUACGUAGUUGUUAACUCAGUGGAGUGGGUGCAGGAAGGCAGCAGCAUUUUAACCCCAGGCUGCCAAUCACCCUAGACCUCGGUGCUCAAUACCUGACUUGGUUUUUCUCAGGUGCAAGGCUCAUCUGUCACUGCAAUAAUAUUUUUGGGAGGGAAUGCAGAAGUAAUAGAAAGAUAUUUAUCUUUAAUACUCAGGUUGUGUCAGUACUUUGCCACAUGUGAACGAGUGGUGAGUGUGUGGAAAGGUGUCCGUUGUGCUCUUUCUCGUGUGUAGGAUGAAGAAUUCUCAUUAUUUGUAGUGCGGUAAACAUCCGUGAAUUGGACCUGGCCUAACAUAAACUCAUUUUAGAUAUCUCAAGAUCCAAGAUAUCUUAAGAUCCAAGAUGUCUCAAGUAUAAAAAUUUGUGCAUGUCUGUGGUCCUGCUGUGCCCUACUCUCACCAAACAAUUGCUUGUUUUCAACAGAUCAUGAUAUAUUAUAGUGAAAAUUGCUGAUUCCACAAAAGUUACCUGAAACAUUGUAAUAUUAACUACUGCACAGUACUAUAGCUGUUGUUUAGAAUGGUGUGCUCCAGAUUUCUGCCUCAGUCCCAUGUAUAAAUCUGAUAUUUGUCUUGAUGUAUAAGUAGGUGUCUGGGUCCCUGGAAGCAUCUGAUUUAUCUGAUGUCUGAAAUAUGGACAUCAGGUUUAUAGAGGUUUUACUGUUGUUCAUUUUCCAUAAGUAGUGUACCUUUCUUGCAGUAUUAAAGCUCACAGUGUAGUCAUAUUGUUCAUGUAGCUUAGGGUAUUACAAAUAUAAUUUGUGAAUUGUAAACUACCUCCUGUCGUACUGCCUGGUGUAAGAGGCAGGACGUUGUAGUGCAUUGGAGGGCAUCUUGAGUUAUUAUUGUUGUUAAUGUUGAUUCAUCCAGCUUUGCACUAGUCGCAAGCUUUUAAGAAAUCAUUAUUGUGAAGCAAGUUACUUCUAGUUGGCUAAUAAUUGUUGUGUUCUCAGAAUUUAGUCAGUGAUUACUUUUAAGGUGUGGUUGUUGUGUGUGCUCCUGCAGCAGGGAGGCUUACAUCACUGCUGUCCUGCAUCACCAAGGCAGCCACUGUGAGUCUGACACCCAGGGACACAGGAACACUGCAGCACCCACCACUGGUUACUGACGCCUUCACUCCCUUGUUGGUCUACAUAUUCCUAUGAUAUUUUAAAAUGUGUGGCAGAUUUAUAUUAUUUAUUAGACUUUAAGAUAAGUAAGAUAAAAGAUGAUAUCUGUUUGGAUAAUCCAGUACCUUAUAAAUAAGUUAGACUUUUGAUAUAUAUAUAAGAGUUUGCCGCACAUUUCAAGACAAGCUGGGAACAUAACCAGCAGGUGAGGGCAUCAGUGGUGACCUUGUUGCUGUUCUCCCGUGUCCUUUGUGACAGAAUUACUGGGACACACUUGGUGACAGAUUGCUGUGGUGGAGGGUGUGCUCACCUGCUGCUGGGGGAAUUAGUUCAAAUCCUGGACUCCUGAAACCUAUUGAAGGGAUUAUACAGUCAGGUGGAGAUAUCCGGGGAACUGGUAUGAAUAUAUCAGUGCCUGGACACAGCUCAUACUGCAAUGUGGGAGAUUCACAUUACAUGAUAAAAUAUACUUGUAAGCGUCAGUUUUUAUAUGGAUGUAGAGUAGCAGGAUGGAGCUCAAGGCAGGAGUUCAAAUCCGACUCUUUUCUACCUUUACUUAGUGAUCUGGAUGUGCUGAGUUGUGUAACCCUUCCUCUGCCUUGCCACUGCCACACGCUCUGCCACAUCACCAGUGCUGGGUGUGGUAGCCAGUGUUUGGUGUUCACUUUAUUCGCAGUGUCUUACUAAGUGUUCAUUGCCCCCCCCCCCUCUCUCUCUCUCUCUCUCUCUCUCUCUCUCUCUCUCUCUCUCUCUCUCUCUCUCUCUCUCUCUCUCUCUCUCUCUCUCUCUCUCUCUCUCUCUCUCUCUCUCUCUCUCUCUCUCUCUCUCUCUCUCUCUCUCUCUCUCUCUCUCUCUCUCUCUCUCUCUCUCUCUCUCUCUCUCUCUCUCUCUCUCUCUCUCUCUCUCUCUCUCUCUCUCUCUCUCUCUCUCUCUCUCUCUCUCUCUCUCUCUCUCUCUCUCUCUCUCUCUCUCUGAAAAUGUAUAUGCUCAGAAGUGUUUCUUUUGUGAACAUUACUUGUAUUUCCUUCAUUUUCCUCUAAGUGUGGUAAAGCUGUAUAUAAUUGCUUUGUCAGUUUAUGAACAAUGUAUAGCAUCUAGAGGACAGUGUUUCCAUGCUUGAGUUGUUAAGGCGUUAUGUAUGUUGGCUUACUUCUCAUGUCAGCAUUGCUUCCCAUCCAUUGCUUUUCUACUUUAUAUGCAGUAUUCAUGUUUUUUUAUAUUUUUAUCUUCAGCUUUCUACUGUGAUUCUUGUAAAGUAAUGAAGCAUUGGUACAAGCACCCAAAGUGGUGAUGUCACAAAGUACAGUGAAUUUCAUGUCUGUGAAUUGAGUAUGAAUCAAUAUAUGUAUUAAUAAACUGCUUUAUAUUAACAGUUCCACAAAAAUCAAGAAGAACUGGGAUGUGAUAAGUGGAGGCUCUUGUGUGAUAUUGAUUUUUUGCCUGAAAUGUUUUGUACAGUCUGACAUCACCACUUGAGGCAGCAAGACAGUGGGCAGUGAGUACAGCCAAACACAUACACUAAUGAAUGAUUGGAACAUUACUUUACUGAACCCAAAAGACUUUUUUCUAACACUCCUGAUAGCACUGCACUGCCAUGGCAAGCCCAGGAUGGUGAAUGUUAUUUGUGAAGUACAUGAAAACUGAGCAGUGGUAAGAGAUAAAUUUGCUGAAUGACACUGUUAAGUACUCGUAUAAUGUUGGAUAGGGAGAGGUGGAGGCUCUUCUGUGGCCACUGCCUUGAGGUACACUCGGAGGGAACUAGCAGUCAGAGAGGUAAAUUGAUAGAAAUAAAAGUGGCAUUAACAUGUAGUAAAUUAACAAGAAAAUACUGGAUUAAUUUCAUUGAUGAAAUAAAAUAAAGUGUUGUGCUGUACUCAUCAGGAACACUGAGCAGAUUUCUGAGGAUUUCAGAUGCUAACUUUAUUUACAUGUUGAUACUAUCAUGGAGUUCAAGUGCUAGUCAACAUUUUUUAAUACUAUUUGCUUUACUCUCCAUGUGCUAAUGACGUGAAUUUCUUAGUACAAUUGUUGUUGCCAAAUGGUUCCUUUGCUUGUACCUUUAGUGGGGAUGCUGUGAGGGGCAUCCCUGGUGUAGCACGCAAUAGUUACCAUGUGUUGGGCUGGCUGGGGGUGUUGGAGGAGGAGGGUGAGUGGGAACAAAGUGUAUACAUAUGAUAAUCACCAUUAACCCUUUCACUGCCAUGUGGUGUGUCUUUCGUAAGCUGUAAAGCACACUGAGACCACCUUGUAUUCUGCACCAUCUCUUGAUACACUGAGGAUAAAUUGAAGCAUUUAUUCUUUCAAGUUCCUUUUUUGUUUAUUUUUUGUAGAUGUUUGUGAACUGCUGCAUACUGCAGUGAAAGGGUUAAUUACUGCUUUCUUUCAGAAUAAUAAUGAUAAUGAUGUAUGUUUGCUUUAUUUACACUCAUCUUUUUCAGGAUAACAAUAAUAAUAUGUACUUUACUUAAUGAUCUUUUUGUUGGAGUGGAGGUUAAGAGAGAGGCACAGGUGUUAUAAGGCAGGAAUACACUCGCCUUGUAAUGCAUGUCUCUCUCUUAACCUACGCCCUCAAUCUCUUUUUUACAAUAUACACAAAAGAGAAACUUGCUUAGGAUUGGUAACACUGAAAGUUGUUUGAUUCUUUGGUUAUAAAAAAUUUGUUUAGGGUUGUGUGUGUGUAAAGUUGAUUACCACGAUUCUUUUGUUUAGGAUGAGAUGCUUACAAAAUAACUUAAUGCUUGGUUUAAUCUCUGCAAUAUAGAAGAAAAGAUUUACAUAGGAUUGGCCACUUAGAAGAUUUUUUGUUUAUUUUAUCUUUUUCUCUUCUUUUCUUUUUACUUGUUUGAUUUGAUUUUUAGCAUACAGAAAAGAAUAUUGUGAUGGAUCAGAUGCAUACAAAGUUGUUUAAAAUAUAUAUUCAUAAAAUUCACAAUAAAGAACAUUGACACAUAAUUAAGAUUAACAUACAAAGAAAACGAAUGUGAAAGGAGUUCAUGGAUCAUUGUUGAUUGUUAAAUAGAAAGUCUAUUCACAAUUUGAAAAGCUGUACCUUCAUUUAGUAAUAGUGUGCAUAGCUUUUACUUUCUCCAUUAUAUACAGUAUUGUGGUAUGUGCUAUCAUGACAUGAAUAUAUUUCAGUUUUGGCCAUGCUAAUUUUUCCCAAGAUGUGUUCAUGGAAAAAAAAAAAAAAAAAGCUGCAUAUAUAAAACAGU